GGUCCAACUCGUGGCAGGUGGUGUCGGCCGGCGGCGGCGUGGUCCAGGGAGGCUACGGCCACAGCAGCGCCUUCGACGAGGUCAGCGGCUGCGUGUUCGUCCACGGAGGCUACAAGGCUCUGAGCAACAACAAGUACGGCCUGGUGGACCACAUGUACCGCUACCACGUCCACACCAAGACAUGGCUGAUCCUCAGGGAGAGCGGCUUGGCGCGGUACCUCCACUCGGCGGUGCUGCUGAGCGGCACGCUGCUGGUCUUCGGGGGAAACACCCACAACGACACGUCGCUGAGCAACGGAGCCAAGUGUUUCUCUGCCGACUUCCUGGCGUACGACAUCGCCUGUGAUGAGUGGACCGUCCUCCCCAGACCCGGACUGCACCGAGACGCCAACCGCUUCGGACACUCCGCCGUGGUCAGCAACGGCUCCAUGUACAUCUUUGGGGGGUUUUCGGGUCUGCUUCUGAAUGACGUGCUGGCCUACACCCCUCCGUCCUGCCGGGCCUUCUCCAGCCCGACUCUGUGUGCUGCUGCCGGGCCGGGCCUUCGCUGCCACUGGGUCAGGACCGGCUGCGUCCCCUGGGAGCCCAGAGCGCCGGAGCACACAUCUCCUCCUCCUCCUUUCUGCCCUCCACAACCUGACAGCACAGACGAACAGUGCUUCCGGUUCUCGGACUGCGCCAGCUGCACGGCCAACACCAGAGGAUGUCAGUGGUGCGAGGACAGGAAGUGCAUCUCCGCAUCCAGCAACUGCACCGUGUCGGUGAGAGACUCGUCCAGGUGCAAGCGCCGGGAGGAGCAGGAGUGUUUCCGGCUCGCCAACUGCAGGAGCUGCUCCCUGAACGCCAACUGCCAGUGGGAGGCGCAGCAGCAGGAGUGUCAGGCGCUGCCCGGGAAGCUGUGCGGGGACGGCUGGCACCACGUCGGGGAGGCCUGCCUGAGGAUCAACUCCAGCAGGGAGAGCUACGACAACGCCCAGCACUACUGCAAGAACCUGGGAGGGAACAUCGCCUCUCUGCUCACGGACAAACAGGUCAACUUUGUGCUGGAGGAGCUGCAGAAGUAUCAGCUGCAGGAAAAGACGCUGUCCCCCUGGGUCGGCCUGAGGAAGAUCAACGUGUCGUACUGGGGCUGGGAGGACGCCUCGCCCUUCACCAACACCAGCCUGCGCUGGCUACCCGGAGAGCCCAGCGACUCCGGCUUCUGCGCCUACCUGGAGCGGACGCAGGUGUCCGGCCUGAAGGCCAACCCCUGCACCGCCACCACCGACGGCCUGAUCUGUGAGAAACCUGCCGGGAGUCCACAGAGUCAGAGCGCUCGUCCCUGCAAGACGCCGUGCGCUCUCCGCACCAGCUGCGCUAACUGCACCAGCCAGGCCAUGGAGUGCAUGUGGUGUGGAAGCACUCAGCGCUGCGUGGACUCCUCGGCCUACGUCAUCUCCUUCCCCUACGGACAGUGUCUGGAGUGGCAGACCCAGGACUGCUCUGCCCAGAACUGUUCGGGUCUGAGGACCUGCGCCGACUGCCUGGAGAGGGUGGAGUGUGGCUGGUGUGGAGAUCCCAGCAACACCGGCAGAGGCGUCUGCAUGGAGGGUUCCUACCGAGGCCCUCUGAAGCCCCUGAGUCCGAGGGCCGGGCCCCGAGAGCGGGAGAGGCUACGAGACCGGGACAUGGUGGUGGAUCAGAACCUGUGCUCGUCUGACCGAGGAUACAACUGGGCCUUCAUCCAGUGUCCCGCGUGCCAGUGCAACGGCCACAGCAGGUGUGUGAACGGCAGCGUUUGCGAGCACUGCGGGAACCUGACGGCGGGGACGCACUGCCAGAGCUGCAUGGCCGGUUACUAUGGCGACCCCACCAACGGAGGGAAGUGCAACGCGUGCCAGUGCAACAGCCACGCCAACGUUUGCCACGUCAACACGGGGAAGUGCUUCUGCACCACCAAGGGCGUCAAGGGAGACCAGUGUCAGCUAUGUGACUCAGAAAACCGUUACCUUGGCAACCCUCUCCGAGGAACAUGUUAUUACAACCUGCUGAUCGAUUACCAGUUUACCUUCAGUCUGCUGCAGGAGGACGACCGCUACUACACCGCCAUCAACUUCAUGGCCACACCUGAGCAGGCCAACAAAAACCUGGACAUGUCCAUCAACGCCUCCAACAACUUCAACCUCAACAUCACGUGGUCCUUAAGCUCCACAGCCGGAACCAUCUCCGGUGAAGAGAUGCCCAUCAUAGCGAGGACCAACAUCAAGGAGCACCGCGACAGCUUCUCCUGUGAGAAGUUCAACUUCCGGCUCCACCACAACAUCACCUUCUACGUCUACGUGUCCAACUUCAGCUGGCCCAUCAAGAUCCAGAUUGCGUUCUCGCAGCACAACAGCAUCAUGGACCUGGUGCAGUUCUUCGUUACCUUCUUCAGCUGUUUCCUGUCGCUGCUGCUGGUCGCCGCUGUGGUUUGGAAAAUCAAGCAGACCUGCUGGGCGUCACGACGUCGAGAGCAGCUGAUGAGAGAGCGACAGCAGAUGGCCAGUCGUCCCUUCGCUUCGGUCGCCGUGGCGCUGGAGGUGGGCGGCGACCAGGAGGAGCUGCUGCAGGCGGUGCCGAAGCCCAUCGCCAUGGAGCCGUGUUGGGGCAGCGGGGCAGGUGUUCUGACGGUGCUGCUGUACCUGCCGAGGGUCCCGUCUGGGAUCCCUCCACCUGGACAGUCCGGCAUCGCUGUAGCUGUGUCGUCCUUCUCCUUCCUGACCUCCUCACACACCCUCCUCCUCCCUCCGGGCGUCCGACUGGAGAGCUGCUUGACAGGAAGAGGAGGCCGAGGAUGGGAAACUCAGCUCCGUUGA